CUCCACAUCUACCUCUCUUCAUUAUACUAUCUUUGAUAACCAAAGGGACUUUCACUUAUACCAAACUAUUAAUUGCUUCUUCAGUGAUCAUGGCCAAAUUUCAGGUUUUGCACAAAUAUUUUUUCAUUUUUCUAGCACUAGUUGUGUGCCAUGGUUCCCUUGUAGCACAUGGCAGGAAAAUAAAUGUAAAGCCAUUGAACCAGCAACAUUAUUCAUUAAACACAAAAACUGUAGCUAAUAAUAAUCCUUACCCUUCCCUUCCAUCACUUAAAACUAAAGUUGAAUCACCACAGUAUGAGGAAGCUAAUAAAUUGGGAGAUUCAGGUGCAGACAACACAAAUGCAUUCCGAUCCACUACACCCGGAGGGAGUACUGGUGUUGGCCACAAAAUAAUCACAUCAUCAGAAGAUAACAAGAUGAAAACAAUGGUUGUAGUUCAGAGCCCAGAUGUUGAAGUUUUCGUGACUAAGGGGUCAAAAGAUGAUUUCAAACCUACUGACCCAGGUCACAGCCCUGGAGUUGGCCAUGUUUACCAAAACAAAAUUGGACAGGCAAAUUAGUCUCAUAAACUUAGCUAUAAUUUCAAUGUGUAUCAAAACUAGUCCAGAGUCUCCAAUCACAUGUGUAUGUUUUGUUUUUCCUUUUGCAUUAAUGAGAGUCUGUAUGAGCAUGGCUUUAAUUGGUUAUUGCUUGGGACGAGUAGGUCUUCUAAAUGUAUCAUUCAAUUUGUUAGCAUUUAUAAUUGAAGGGU